AUGACCGAUGAUGGUGGGGUCGCCUACUAUGAAUCGUGGAGAAGAGUCAAAGAGAAAGGUGGUGUGGAGAUGAUCUAUUGCUUUUUACGUUUAAGCGUCCCACACCGCCUUCGUUUCUUCUCAAAUCCCAACCCCACCGCCCAUUUCUUUAUCUAUUAUUAUUCGAUCUCUCCAGACACUUCUCAAUCAAAAGCUGAAAAGGAUUUAAAAGAGUACAAUCAUUAUAAUAAGACUUCAAACAAAACAAAGAAAGAAAAGAAAACAUGUCGAGCACUGAAGAGGCGGAUGAUUAUCAAUCGAAUGGCAUCGGUUUCAAGGAGUGAAGCAGAGGUUAAAAGAUCGAUCCAGGAAAGUUGCUCAAACGAAAGAGAAAACGAAGGAGAUCUUGUCAAAACAAGCUGUUACUCCUUUUUAUGGGUGUCUUUUGGCUUCGGGGGAUUUUGCUUUAUUUUGGGUGCAAGGCCACAAGAUAUCCGAUACGUCUACUGUUUGAUCUAUGUCACCUUUUUCCACUUCGAUGGAUUUACUAUCGAUAUAAAAAUGGGAAUUACCUUCUGGGCCACUAGCAUGGGCAUUGAUCGUUGGCGUUGUAGCUUAGUGUUUAGUUCUGUGGACAAACUCGUAAGCGUCCCUAUACAUCUUUUACCAGGGGUGGUGUUUUUUACUAUACGAUGGUGGGACCCGGCUUUUUUUGAAGCUAUGCAUCCUGAAGGAAACUGCAAUGAGAGCUUCAUGGCCUUAUGUGGGAAACAAAUCAUUCCUGUGGACAUGGCUGUUUACUGUCCCCUUAAUUGCCUACAGUCUCUGGCAGGCGUUGUACUUUCUGAUAGUGUCAAUGUCCUUCGUCGUCAGAGGGAGCUUUCGAAAAAGGCACAGAAAGCGAACAACUGUGUGUGGGAGUUAAGUGGUUUGCUUGGGGACCAAAACCUUUCGGCGACAGUAUGGAACGGAGGUUCGUUUUUAUUAGAAGUUAUGCCUAGACAAGUUGUUCUUAAGGAGAAAAGGAAACAAAACGUGGUGCAGCCUGUAGAAGAAAAUCAUCAGCAAGACUUGGAUCAUGAAAAAAACCGAGUAAAGAAUCCGAGGAGCGUUGCCUUCGCCAUUGCUAGACUCGGAGCUUGUACUACUACUACUACUGCGCUUCUCUUGGUUUCAGAUUCUUGGGGUUUUGUGCUGGGUAUUAAGUUUGGUGUCAAAAUCAUUGAAUUUAUUUUCUCUUGUGGCGAUGAUAGGCUCGGGUUCCUUCUUGGUGCCAUGUAA